CUGGACGACGCACGCCUGUGCUUUCGUAAGCUCCAACUUUGACGAGUGUUGUGAAGUGUGUAUAACAGUUAACUGUUCAGUGAUUAAGUAUUGAGAGGACUUUAUUUUGAGGAUAAUCAAGGGACAAAAUGUGAAGCGGCAUGGAAGAGGUGGGGUGCGACAACUGCAGUCUGUUUUUGGACGAAAAUGAUACAUACUAUGGGAAUACGACGAGCAAUGUUACCAUCAACAAAUUUUAUUUCUACCAGACAGCACAGUUGGCAGUACUAUGGGUUCUGCUCGUGGCAAUCGUCGCCGGCAACGCGACCGUCAUCCUGGCGUUACUGCUCACAAAGUCCAGGAAAAGUCGGAUGAACUUUUUCAUCAUGCAUUUAGCUAUAGCUGAUUUAUGGGUGGGGCUGAUAAGCGUCCUGCCGGACCUCAUACAGCGGGUCACCAUCUCGUGGUUCGCUGGUUCAAUAGCUUGUAAGCUGAUGAAAUAUUUACAGGGUGUAGUUACGUAUUCAUCGACGUAUGUGUUGGUCGCGCUGAGCGUCGACCGGUGUGAUGCCAUCACGCAUCCUAUGAAUUUUACGGGAAGCUGGCGUCGCGCCAGAGCUUUGAUAUUCGGCGCGUGGGUCGCCAGCUUCAUAUUUUGUAUACCGAUGCUUAUUUUAUUCGAUGAAGCAGACAUACAAGGUACUCCACAAUGCUGGUCAAGUAUAAACCAAACCCAAUGGCGGAUCUGGAUGACGAGCGUGUUCCUCUCUCUAUUUGUUGCGCCCGCACUGAUCAUAUCAGCAUGUUAUGGUGUGAUUGUGGUCACCAUUCGACAGAAGAGCAGGCGAGUUCUGGGCAAGCGGACCGCGGCUACGAGGCAAUAUAGUGAUGAUCUGGACAGCCGACGCGCGAGCAGCCGUGGAAUCAUUCCCAAAGCAAAAAUCAAAACCGUCAAAAUGACGUUUGUUAUCGUAUUUGUGUUCGUCCUCUGCUGGUCGCCAUACAUGAUCUUCGACCUACUACAAGUGUAUGGCUACGUACCGGACACACAAGCAAACAUCGCCAUCGCCUCACUGAUACAAAGCCUAGCGCCUCUCAACUCAGCAGCCAACCCUGUUAUAUAUUUCAUCUUCUCUAAUCGAAUAUUUAUUAGUUUGAGAAACAUCCCGCCAUACAAGUGGCUGUGCUGGCUGCACGCGGACAGCCCGGGCGGCGCCGAGUCGCGCGCGCACACCGAGCUGCUCACCUCCUCGCACCGCCGGACACGGCACGAGCUCACCGUGCGGGUAAAAGACGACAGCAUUAAAUACCCAAAGCAGCGCUUACACCAAUGCAAUAGUUCCCGUAAAGUUCGGCUCCAUUUGCCAGAACAAACCCAAAUAAAUAAUAAUUGCCAGCCGCGAAGGCGAGACGACACCUUCUUGUAGAUAAAUCACAAAUUAAUAAUCCCGCUAUAUUUUAAAAUGACUCGAUUUAUAUACGGACACUUGAAUUAUUACGUGAUUUGUAUUUUGCAAAGCAUUUUAUUUACAAAAUAGGUAAUCCAUAUUUGAUUUGUUCAUUAUAUGAUUUUACUAUUUAU